CUCAUACUCAAUCUCCAUACAAUGACCGCAGUGUCCUCUCCUCACCAAAAUUCCACCACCCCAAAUUUAGAAAUGCCAUACCACCACAAACAGUCACCACGCGCCACCGCCGUCGUCACCAGCCGCUCAUCUUUCUUCUCUCCAAAACUCUCCGUCUACCUUUGCUCAAUCUGCGUUACCCUUUUUGUCGUCUUCCACAUUCAAAUCCUCCAAACUCCAUUACCAUCUUCACCUAAUUCCCUCUCCUUCCUCCAUAACUGGCAAGAAAAACUGACAACCAACGACGAUUCUCCUUCAUCAUGCGCUCCAGAUCUCGAAUCCAUGGGCGAUAAGCUUCGAGAAUCCAUUACUUUCCUUCCAUUGAAAGACCUCCGGUUUGCGAACGCUGCUCUCGUGGGCCACACAUGGUUCAUGAGCUCCCUCUACGACACACAUGAAGAAGGUGAAGUUCAAUACCAACAAUUCCCUUCAAAGUCAUCCGAUGGCCGGAUUCUCUGCAUCAAGGGUCACGACAAUCACGACGGAUCAUGGAACUACUAUGCACUAGCGUACCCUGGAUUCCUACCCAAAAACGCCACCCUCGUCACCGGCCGGACGUUCGUAUCCUACAACCACUACGAUUUCAGUAACAUCUGGCACGGAUUAUCAUCCCUUUUCCCGUUCGUUGCGUGGCAUUUAAAAAACCAGUGCGCACUGCCCAAUCGGUGGAUUUUAUACCACUGGGGUGAGGUUCGAACUGGAAUGAGCCCGUGGUUGAAUACGCUUAUGGAGGCGACGUUCGGUGGGGCAAUGAACAUUGAGAAGUUCGAUGACGGCGGCCAUGAGCAAUCGACGUUUUGUUAUGAGGAGGCGGUGGUGAUGAGGCAUAACGAAGGAGGGAUGUCGAGGGAGAGGAGGAUGGAGGUUUAUGAUCUGAUUCGAUGCAAGGCGAGGAUGAUGUGUGGUGCUGAAGUGGAUCGUACCGACGGCGACAUUGGGUUGACGUUAUUGAUGAGAACGGGGCCGAGAUCAUUCAGAAAUGAGACGGCGGUGGUGGAGAUUUUUGAAAGGGAGUGUGAGAAGGUGGAGAACUGCCGUUUCAGGGUGGCGUAUUCCAGUAAUCUUACCAUCUGUGAACAGGUAAAAUUGAUGGGAUUAACGGACAUAUUAGUUUCUCCACAUGGUGCACAGCUGACUAAUAUCUUCUUAAUGGAUAGAAACAGUAGUGUCAUGGAGUUUUACCCAAAGGGUUGGCUCAAAUUAGCCGGUGUCGGUCAAUUUGUCUACAAAUGGAUAGCUAGUUGGUCCGGGAUGAAAUAUGAAGGGUCAUGGCGGGACACAGAUGGCAAACAUUGUCCCUAUCCUGAUGAUGAUCGACGUUGUAUGUCCAUCUAUAAGAAUGGUAGAAUUGGAUACAACUCUACUUAUUUUCGUGAGUGGACUUCAAAGGUUCUUAAUGAAGUCAAAAUGAGGAAAUUUGAAGAGGCCUCAAAAGGAAGCAUAAUUACUACCAAAUGUGGUUGUAGCUAAUAUGUACAAUUUUCAAUACAUAAAUUAUAAGUUACUUUAACAUUAUUGUUUUGAAUUUGAG